AUGAAACGAUUGCGGAGCUUCGAGGCCCAACUGGCGAAGGACCCAAGUCUCCGCGAAAAUGUAAACAAGCAAAUCGUGGACUACGUGCAGAAAGGCUACGUCCACAAGGCUACAGAAGAGGACUUGAUGGAGAUCAACCGAAGGCAAAAGCAGAAGAAACGACUCGUGUGGGACGGGAAAGCGCAAGUGAACGGAGUGUCCCUCAACUCACAACUAUUGAAAGGUCCCGACCUGCUAGUGUCGCUCCCUUCAGUGAUCUGCAAAUUCCGUGAGAAACGCGUUGCAUUCGGAGGCGAUAUCCGCGAAAUGUUUCUGAAGCUUCGAAUGAGGACGCCGGACAGAUACUUUCAGUGUUUCCUCUUCCGAUUUGAUUCACAACAUCCUCCUGAAGUCUACAUCGCGGACGUAGCGAUGUUUGGCGCCACAUGCUCGCCAUGCGUCGCGCAGCACGUCCUACGAGUCAACGCUGACAAGUGGGCGGACGAGUUCCCGGUAGCUGCAGCGGCAAUCAAGGACAAGACGUAUAUGGACGACUACUACGACAGUGCUGACACCCCAGAAGAAGCAGCGGAGUUGGCUGUUCAAGUUAGGACCAUCCACGCCCGUGGCGGGUUCGAAAUGAGGAACUGGGUGAGCAACAGUGAGGAAGUGUUGGAGAAGCUCGGCGAACGCAACGAUCCAGAGCCACGUCUGCUACAAUCAACGACCGAGGCAAAAUGGGAACGAGUUCUUGGAAUGCUGUGGCACCCAGAGUCGGACUCUCUAACGUUUUCAACCGAGCUUGGCGAACAACUUCUUCAGUACGUGUCCGGAGGAAAGCGGCCGACAAAGCGAACCGCUCUGAGGAUCAUAAUGAGUCUGUUUGAUCCUCUUGGUCUCCUGGCACCGUACCUCAUACAUGGACGCACCCUCAUUCAGGAUCUAUGGAGAAGUGGAGUGCAGUGGGACGAAGAGAUGAGAGACGAAGAAUUCGAGAAGUGGACACGCUGGGUGGAGUUACUACCGGGUAUCAGUGCGCUCAGUAUUCCACGUUGCUAUUUUGGUGAAGCAGAUCCCCUGUGCCGUCGAACGUUGCAGUGCCACGUGUUCACCGAUGCCAGUGAGGCUGGAUAUGGCUGUGCGGUGUACUUCCGGAUUACGGAUCACCUGGAACGCGUGCAGUGCUCGUUGGUUAUGGCGAAAAGUAAAGUCGCCCCCCUGAAACAUCUCUCUAUUCCACGAUUGGAAUUGGAAGCGGCCGUGCUCGGAGCUAGAAUGUUGACCGCUGUUUUGACGAACCAUACCCUUCAACCUCGUGAGGUGUACCUUUGGACGGAUUCUUCCACGGUUCUCGCGUGGAUUCGUUCCGACCACAGGCGCUACAAACAAUUCGUCGCCCACCGUAUCGGAGAACUUCUGUCUCUGACCCAAGCCGAGUGCUGGCGAUGGGUACCGUCUAAGCAGAAUGUAGCCGAUUGUUUGACAAAGUGGGUACGCGACUCGGAGCCUGAUUCCAACGGGAGGUGGUUCCAGGGUCCAUCGUUUUUGUAUCUCUCCGAAGACAGUUGGCCACAGCAGCGAGAGAAGCCGAAUACUACUGAAGAACUACGAUCGGCCUACCUACUCACUCACAUCAUGCUUCCGGUGGGAAUGAUAGACGCUGGUAGAUUUUCGAAGUGGAGUGUACUGCUACGGACCGUGGCAUGCGUUUACCGUUUUAUCAGUAACUGCCGAUUGCGCGUAUCUGGACGCCCAAUAGAAACCUUCCAAGCUACCAAAAAUCAAGCGAAACUGCUGAGAUCCGAAGUGGCCGCCCGCAAGGUGCCACUGUCGCAAGAGGAGUUUCUACGAGCGGAGCAGUUUCUCUGGAGAAUGACGCAGGGUGAAUAUUAUCCGGACGAAGUUCGAACUCUGCUGAAGAACCGUGAUCAACCGAUAGGGAAAUGGAUAGCUCUAGAGAAAAGCAGUUCACUCUACAAAUUUUCACCCUUCGCUGACGAAUACGGCAUCAUUCGGAUGGAAGGGAGAACUGCCGAUGCCACUUAUGCUGGUUUCGACGCAAGAUUUCCGAUCAUUCUCCCAAAAGAGAGUGAGAUUACUCAACGCCUCUUGGACCACUACCAUCGUCGUUACGGACAUGCGAACAAAGAAACCGUCGUAAACGAAGUCCGUCAACGAUUUCAAAUUUCGCAUCUACGAUCGGCCGUAGAGAACAUUGCUCGCAGUUGCCAGUUCUGUAAAGUGAGCAAGUGCAAGCCCUUUCCUCCUCGUAUGGCUCCUCUUCCCGAGCAACGAUUGACGCCGAAUGUCCGACCUUUCAGCUACGUCGGUAUUGACUACAUGGGGCCGCUGGAGGUAACCGUCGGCCGGCGCAAAGAGAAAAGAUAUGUGGUAGUAUUCACGUGUCUAGUGGUACGAGCGGUUCACCUGGAAGUCUCUUACGAUCUUUCAAGCGAAUCCUGCAUCAUGGCAAUUCGAAGAUUCUCACGUAGACGUGGAUCACCGGUACAAAUAUUCUCCGACAAUGGCACCAACUUUGUCGGGGCUAAUCGCGAGCUGCAGCAACAGAUAAAGCAGAUCGAUCUGGAGUGCGCCGGUACCUUUACCGAUGCACGAACGAAAUGGACUUUCAAUCCCCCUUCCGCGCCACACAUGGGCGGAGUGUGGGAACGCAUGGUGCGGAGCGUCAAAGAGGCCAUGGCUACGUUGAAUGAUGGUCGGAGACUGACCGACGAAAUCUUGUGGACUACGUUAGUUGAAGUAGAGGGAUUGAUCAACUCACGGCCCCUCAUGUACAUGCCGCAAGACUUAGAUAAUCCCGAAGCCCUAACGCCGAAUCAUUUUAUCUUUGGAUGUUCGUCGGGUGCUCAUGAACCAAUGGAACCACCCGUGAAUCUGGAGCAGACUCUCCGAAGCAGUUUCCUUCGCUCUCAGCAGUUAGCGGACAUUGCAUGGGAGCGAUGGUCGAAGGAGUACUUCCCUACAAUCAAUAGAAGGACGAAGUGGCUGGACGAAGUGAAGUCCUUGAAGGUCGGCGACGUUGUAUACGUGGUAGAAGGCAAAAGAAGGUCAUGGGUUCGAGGCGUCGUGGAUGAAGUCAUUCCCGGUAAGGACGGCAGAAUACGGCAGGCGAUCGUUCGCACGUCGUCCGGUAAGUUGAAGCGACCUGUGGUAAAGUUGGCGGUAAUGGAGCUGGGUGAAUCUACGGGAGACCCUCCCCUCGAUCCACGGGGCGGGGGAUGUUCUGGCAGCACGGACGACGUUCAGCAUCACCGCCUCUAG